AUGAAUUCACUGUGGUCCCGUCUCAACAUCUUAUCGGCUGAUUAUCCAAAACAGUCUUGCCGUAGUGUGCAAAACACUAUUCCCCAACCAACCAAUGCUUGUGAAAAUGCACCACACCUUGCCGAAGCAAGCAUGAAUCCAGAAAGUUCAAAUCAGGAAAACAUAUAUACUGAUAUGUAUACAUCCAGCCCAAUCAGUGCAAUCAGUACAAUCAGUACAAUCAAUGAUCCAAGAAUCCCUGCUUCACCAAUCUCGUCCCUGAUUGAGGCAGCUAGGAUACUGCAGUCUGGAAAGCAAUGUGACUUUACAGUAUCAACCAUAUAUACUGCAGAGUCCAUUGCACCAGAUUCAGCAGUGACUGGCCAUUCAUCAGGACCCGUUGAGCAUUAUACCGAUGCUCAAGCAUCUAUGCUGUCAUACAGCUAUGCUAAACGGGUUUUGGCGUGUGACAAACCGCCUUUUGAAACUCGGUAUAAAGCUGACCAGAUGAUGUACACAAGCAGUAAGCUUCCUGGAAAAGCUGAUAGAUCAAAAGUGUGGCAGCCCAUGUCAUCACUGAGGGAUUCUAUCAGUGUCUGA